AAGAAAAUGCCCAAAUUUGAAUCUCAUUGUGGCCCAAAAGUGACAGCUGCAUUCGCAUUCUCACCUGUCAAAUGCGCAACCUUCCAGUCUUGUUAUGAAAUUGCUCCGUGCACAACUCUAGCAGGUUGCGUGCGAAAGAAAAACCGCCCACAAUGCUGAGACAAAUAUCAUCGAUGAAGCGAGCUUUUUCCAGCCGCCGGUGGCUUUCCUCGACACCGGCACCGAAAGUAAAUCCGGCCAUCCUAGCGAACAUCAAAGCUUCCGAUCGAUACAAACCGGGCAAUCGGUACAAUGGGUUUGUUUGCACCCAGGCACAGUAUAUUGCCGAUUUCAACAUGACGGCGUACAUGUUUCAGCAUGAGAAAACCGGCCUCCAGUAUCUGCACAUUGACCGGCAAGACACGAACAACGUGUUUUCGAUCAAUUUCCGUACAACCCCGUUCGAUUCCACCGGACUGCCCCACAUCUUGGAGCACAAUGUGCUGUGCGGGUCACAAAAGUUCCCGGUGCGUGAUCCUUUCUUCAAGAUGUUGAACCGUAGCUUGGCUACGUUCAUGAACGCUAUGACCGGGCCGGAUUACACGCUGUACCCGUUCAGCUCGACAAACGAGAUUGACUAUCGUAAUCUGCAGACCAUCUACAUGGAUGCCGCCUUUCGGCCCAAUCUUAAGUAUCUGGACUUUCUGCAGGAAGGAUGGCGUUUAGAGCAUGCCGAGCUGAACAACCCAAAGUCGGAGUACGUGUUCAAGGGAGUCGUGUACAACGAGAUGAAGGGAGCAUUCUCGGAAAAUUCGGCCGUAUUUGGGCAAAAGUUUUUCAACAAAAUUUUACCGGACCAUACGUACGGAUACGUGUCCGGUGGUGAUCCGCUCGAUAUACCGCAGCUGAAACACGAAGAUUUGGUAAACUUCCACCAGAAGUACUACCAUCCAAGCAACGCACGCAUCUUUAGCUACGGUUGCUUCAAUCUCGACAAAACGAUGGCAUUUGUCGAUGAGCAGUACCUGCGGGAUUUCGAUCGUAUCGAUACACGGUACAGUGUGAUACCGCCCCAGAAACGUUGGACCAGGGCGAAGAAAGAGCAUGUACGGUGUCGGUAUGAUAAUAUGGGUGCACCGCUAGAAAAGCAAAACCAAAUUGCCAUCGGCUACCUGAUGACGGACAUAACCGAUGUGUACGAAACGUUCCUUAUGCACAUUCUCACGGAGCUGCUGGUGAAGGGACCGAACUCGUUCUUCUACAAAAGCCUCAUCGAACCGAACAUUUCCGGCGGAUACAACCAAUUGACCGGGUUCGAUUCACACAUCCGCGAUACAAUGUUUGUGGUGGGGCUGCAGGAUCUGGCGAUCGAUGACUUCGAAACGGUCACCAACAUAUUCGACCGCACGGUGGAGGAAAUCAUCGAGAAAGGAUUCGACCCGUCACACAUCGAAAGUGUCCUGCACAGCAUCGAACUCUCCAUGAAGCACCAGACGAGCAAGUUCGGACUCGGGCUGCUGUUUAAUCUUACCCCGCUCUGGAACCACGAUGGCGAUUUGGUGCGUGCAAUGAACGUUAGCGAAUCGGUACGGCUGUUGCGUGAAAACAUUGCCAGCAAUCCGAAAUAUCUGCAGCACAAGGUGGAAUACUAUUUCCGCAACAACAAGCACCGGCUUACGAUGACGAUGUCACCGGACGAGAACUACGAGAAGCAAUUUUUGGAUGCAGAAAGGAAGAAUUUGCAGCACAAAACUGCACAGCUCAACGAAACGGACAAGCAACGUAUCUAUCGGGAAGGAAUCGAGCUGUCCGAGUCACAGAAAGCACACCCCAACACGGACAUUUUGCCCUGCCUGCGGUUGAACGAAAUCGAGCAAAAGGUGCCGGAAACGAACGUGGAACAGCAGCUCGUCACGAACGUUCCGACGCAGCUGUGCCGGGUGGACACGAACGGUGUCGUCUACUUCCGCGGCAUACUGGAUGUGAACGGGUUAACGACGGAACAGAAGCUGCUGCUUCCGCUCUUCAACACGAUCGUUACCCAGUUCGGCACGAAGGGCAUCGACUACCGGGCGUUCGAUCAACUGAUCAGCUCCAAAACGUCCGGUAUCGGAUUCUCGACCCAUCUGGUAGAAAGCGUGCACAGUAUGCAGCAGUACGAGUUUGGCCUUUACUUCGGCACCUACGCACUGGACAAGAACGUACCGGACAUGUUUGACAUCUUCCGUCGCAUUUUCAACGAGCUCGAGCUGACCGACGUCAGCCGGUUCGAGAUGUUGCUGGAAAACUAUCUUUCCGAGAUGUCGGUCGGUAUCGCACAGUCGGGACACAUGUACGCGAUGCAGAACGCGAACGGUUUGGUAACCGAGUCGGGCCGACUGCGGGAACGGCUAAUGGGCAUCGAGCAUUUGGCGUUCAUGAAGGAUCUAGCCCAACGCCAUUCGGCCGAAGAAAUACUUAACAAAUGCCGUUCGAUUACGAAGCUUUUCGAGGAAUCGGGCAUGCGGUGUGCGCUUAACUUCACGCCCACAUCGGAAGAGCCAACCGUGCUGAGCUACCGCACGUUUGUCGAUAGUAUUGCACUUCGCAGCUCGGCCAAAGUUUGGAACGUUUCCGAACCGCUCGAACAACCGUCCUCGUCCGCUACCUGUCGCCAUACGAUCAUGAACAUUCCGGUAAAUUACUGCGCAAAGUCGAUCGUGGCAGUGCCGUACACCCACCGCCAUUACGCACCGCUGAAGGUGCUGGCCAAAUACCUGUCGGCGAAAUAUUUGCUACCGGUGGUGCGGGAACAGAAUGGUGCGUACGGUGCGGGAGCUAAAAUCACGUCCGACGGUUUGUUCAACUUCUUCAGCUACCGCGAUCCCAACUCACGCACGACGCUCGAUGUGUUCGAUGCUGCGUACGGCUGGAACGUGCAAACUGUACCGAAAAUGGAUGAACAAACACUGUUUGAAGCGAAGCUGGGUGUGUUGCAGCAGCUGGACGUUCCGAUUGCCCCGCUCGAACGUGGUAUGGAUCUGUUCCGGCAAGGCCUUACCGACGAACUGUUCGGCAAGCACCGGGCUGCUGUGCUGGAUGUGAGCAAGGAGCUACUGCUGGAGGUGAACGAACACUAUCUGAAACCGGGCGCUGUAAAGGUGGUUGGAAAGUCGGUACUUGGCCCCGACAAUAAAACGCUUCCCAAGGACGGUGAAACGUGGACAACUUUUGCUUUGUAAGGCGUGCGGCGCCAAACGUGUAUAGCUUGUAACAUUGGAGUGAAAGGAAA